AUGCCUGAUCCACAAACGACAAAAUCUACAAGAACAGCCAUCCCAGGGGGACAAGUACGCCGUCUAUUACCUGCAAGCCCAAGACCGGCCUCAGCAUCCAGAUCAUUCCUUAUAAGUCCGAGACUGAAUCCUGUACUUGCGGCGUGUGAAGGAUGUCGGAAGCACAAAGUCAAGUGCUCUGGUGAGAGACCGACGUGUCUUCGCUGUCAACAACGGCGUCUGACAUGUAAAUACGUGACAAGGCCGGGAGAGACAAGAUCACAGGCUCUCAAUCGAUGCCCAGGCAACUGUCAAGGUCACGAAGCCACUGUCUACGAAGAAUUGAUUGGCUUGCUACGAAACUUGCCUGAACACGAUGCUCAAGACAUUCUUAAAAGAAUAAGGUCUGGGGCAGAUGCUGGCUCUGCCCUUCAGCAGGCUAAAGCUGGUGAUGUUUUACUUCAGAUGGCUGUUGUGCCCGAGACUCGGUACCGAUAUGAGUUUCCUUAUAGAGCAGAGAUGCCCAAAGACUUUCAUAUCGACAACCCCUACUUGGAGUCUCUGAUAUAUGAGACAGCUUCUCUCUAUUCGUAUGGAGAUGGCCCAGGAUUGACCACACCAAGCGGGUUUGCUGACCUUAUUUCCGAAGAACAGAGGAGUCUCUACUUGAAGCCUUUCCAUGCAGCACAGGUUAUUGAGCCACUUUUAAACGACGCCAAAAUAUCGCAUUGGACUAAUACUAGCAAGGAUGAUGUACUGAUGAGGGAUCUGUUGCGCGUAAUGUUUCGCUGCGAAUACCAAUUCACUGCGGCCUUCCACAAGGAUCUGUUCCUACAAGACCUAGUUGCAGGACGGAAAGACUUUUGCUCUUCCCUUCUUGUUAACACUCUUCUCGCCUAUGCCUGUGUCUGUUAUCCGCGAAUGCCUAAUCGUGUCGAGUAUUGGAACCCGGACAAUCUGGUUUAUCGCUUCACUGCCGAGGCUAAGCGCUUGUGGGAACUGGAAGCCAAAGUACCCCGAAUUACCACCAUCCAAGCUGGUAUACUUCUGGCUGUAUUCCAUAACCUUUGUGGGGUUGAUGAGAUUGGGGUACCCUAUAGACUACAGGCUAUUUCUCUGGCUCGACAACUUAGUAUUUUUGAUACUCCCGUGGCAGGUCGGUGCGAAAGGCUUCAAAGGGGUAGAGAAUACACUGCAUGGGCUCUGUAUAACUGGGAGACCCUUUCUGCGUUUUUGUUCAUGUUCACUCCUAUCAUCAAAGAGCCCCCAGUCUGGGCGCUGCCAGAUCCAUCGAAAGAUAGAUAUUGGUAUGGAGAGACAUGGGUAAAUUACCCAUUGAACCAUGACGUUUUGCCCAUGGAUACGGGCGAAGUUCUUCGAGCAAGGUGCCAAUUCCGGAUCAUCAUGAACGAAUUCUGUAGUGAAGCCUACUCAGAAGGGUCCCAGAUAGAUCUCAACCGCGCCAAUCACUUUCGUGAACGCCUGGAAAAUUGGUAUUGUGAUCUACCAGAAUCUCUGACGCCAAAGAAAAUUGUUCUCCCAGGACAGCUACAACUUCACAUGUAUUAUCAUCAUCUGCUAUUGACAAUUUUUGGGCCUCUGCUCGACGGAGCCACCUCCAGGAAAUCAUCAUCACUUCAUCACGUUGUCGUUAGUGCAAAGAAGAGUCUUCAUACCCUCGUUAGACUCUACUUUCUUCGCCACGGUUUUGAAGCAAUGGACCUUUUUAUAGCUAUACCGCUUAUGUUGAUUGGCUAUGAGUCCCUGGAUCUCAUCAAUGAUGACACUCCAGCAGAUGAGAUCGAGUCGAUACGAGCGACACUCAUUCUGGUUGCUCAUGGGCUUUACUACCAACGCCGAAACUAUUACCUGGCGCAAGUUCUCUUUCGGGUCAUCGGAGGGAAAAUGCGCAAGCAGGAGAUCAGGCUUCUUGAAAGUUCAAUGGCACUAAAGCUGGGCGAUGUCGACCGCGAUUCGGAACUGGCUGUUGCUGUGCGAAGUCAAUGGCCGGUCACUAACGUGAAGAAACAGGAGGAAACUAAACCACACGUGCUGAGUAAUAUUAUUAACAGCUUUGGCGACUUGAAUGUUGAAGGAUAUGAGUUGGAAGGAUAG